AACAACUGCCAUUGCACUGCACAAGCUCGGAGCUUCAAGUUCACGAGAAUGUGAAAAAUCACAAGAGUUGAUAAAAAUAAAAAUUACAAAAAUUAGUAAUGUGACUGUUCGAAGAAGAGUGCUAAGGUGAUGAAUGGUGUGUCGGGAAGGAGCUAUUACUACUUUUAGUUGAUAAUAAUAAUAAACCAUCUAUGUUUUGUAUUUAGUUAGUUUGGUAGUUUGGUUAGACCCUAAUAAUUAAAAAUGGUGGAGUCACUUAGCCCAGGCCCUAUUCCAAUGAGCGAACUGAACAGGUGGUGUGGAAUAGGUCACCUGGAUCCUCAGUACAAAGAAAAUGUUAAAUUAGCCUUUGUAUUUAGUGAUGUUACUGCAUUAGUAACAAUGGACGACGAUUUUUAUUUACAUGGAAAGAAUGAACAUGGCAGUUUAGCAACAGCCAGCGAAGUUAAAUUCGUUACGAAAAUCCCAACAAGAAUCGAGGCGCUGUGUGGCAAGAAAGUGUGCAACUUUGCAUUUGGAGUGCAAAAGAAAAUUGUUGGACAGAAGAAAAAUUUUCUCUUGUCGUUUUUCGUAUUGACAGAAGAUGGAUCAGUUUUUGCGUGGGGUGCGAAUGACUAUGGAAAUUUGGGUCUAAAAUUUAUCUCAACACAUCCCAUUCCUCCCACAAGGGUCCCGUUGAAUGCUCAUGUAACCCAAAUCGCUUGCGGUGCAAGUCACUCCCUGGCUUUGACAGCUUCGGGAGAAGUCUAUGGCUUUGGAAGAAACUUUUUUGGACAAGUUGGAAGCGGAAAUCGACAAGAUCAUCCUUUUCCCGUUAAGAUCACAAUAGGAGACGGAACAAAAGUGGUAUCGGUGGCUUGUGGGAGGUCUCAUUCAGUCGCUUUGACAGCAGAUGGAAAAGUUUAUACUUUUGGACAAAAUCAACACGGUCAAUUGGGUCAAAAUACGGAAGAAGAGUUUUGUCUCGUACCCACACAGAUACAAUUUCCUAAAGAUGCUGGAACAAUAAUUAAGAUAACGUGCGGCAAGCAUCACACUCUCGUGUUGGACCAGUAUGGUGAGGUUUUCUCAUGGGGUGAUAACCGUGGCUCUCAGCUUGGCUUGAGUGAAGAUGAAGACGUGGAAAAGAGCAUUGUUCCCAUGGCAAUUAGUUUGGAGGAUUCAGAUCGUAUUUUGGAUAUAGCGGCUAUCCCACAUCUUUCUGUAUCCGUUUGUCGUUCUUCGACGAAGGUCAUAAUGUGGGGCAAAUUUCCAGAGCCUUCAGGGAAAUGCAUUGCACCAUGGGAAACGUUUAUGAACUCCAUGCCGGAUGUAUUUUCCAGCUAUGUGAUGCCGGCUGUGACUUACCGCCCCAUUUCUACUGCUAGCAUGCACCAUUAUGCAAACUUUGAUGUGUAUCCAGAUAUAGUUAAGUGGAGUGGACUUAAAUUUGUUCAUCCGUCAUCCCUCCAAGAUGUUCAACUUGCCUUUGUCUGCGGAAUUGGAUUUGAACAAACAGCGAUGAUCGUGUCAGCUAAGAAACAUGAGGUAUUCUUUUGUGGCAAAAAUGUACAUGGUUCCUUGGGCACCGGCCUUGCACACGAGUUUGAAACGAGAGCACCUAUGAAGAACAAACAGUUGACUGGAGAGGAUAUUAUACAUGUCACAUUCGGACUAGAUGUAAAGGGUGGGGUCAUGUGCUUAUUCGCUCUCACUCGAACUGGCUCAAUCUUUUCAUGGGGCUAUAAUGAAUAUGGUGAACUUGGAUUGGGGCAUGUGUCCGACCCAACUGAUGCCAUACUUCCCACAAAAAUUGAAGGUGCCCUAAAAAAUGUUAAAGUUACGCAACUUACUUGCGGCUCGGACCACGUCCUUGCCAUCACAAAUAAGGGAGAAUUGUUCAGUUGGGGCUAUGAUUACUUUGGACAGUGUGGAACUGGGAGUAGUGAUGGGAUUGUUACUUCUCCAACAAGGGUCAAGUUCCGAGGAAGUGGCACUAAAGUCCUCGCUGCUGCUGGCGGAAUGUUUCACUCGGUUGCCAUUGUCGAGGAGGGACAUGUUUAUGCCUGGGGAAAAAACGACAAAAACCAAUGCGGAGUACUCGGUGGUGGCACAAAACAGGAGAGCAUAGCAGUUCCCGUCCGCGUAAAGUUUCCACCAGGUGUCAAAAUAGAUCAGAUAUGUUGUGGACCUGACUGUACCUUUGGUAUCUCGUCCAGAAAAAUGUUAUUCUUCUGGGGCUAUUGUGAUUUCAACAAAAAUAUUGCCACGAAGCCCGUUCGAGUAUGUACAGACUUGGGGGAAAUUAUCGAUGUUGGUACGGCACAUUGGUCUUCCAUUUACGCCAUAAAGACAAGUGUUGGUCGUGUAUUUGUUUGGGGAAAUCUUCGGGGUCAAAAGAAUGUGGUCAAAAGUCCUUUGGAAACUUAUAAAGCAAAUUCUGUAGCCGAUGUAUUCUCCAUGUAUUCUAAUCCUCCAGCCAUGAUCAGACCGAUUUUGCCACCAGUUGUGUAAUGUGUUCUUAUCUGAUAUGUGGUUGAAUUUUAUGAUGUUUUUUUAUUGGAACGCCAUUAUAUAGCCUUAUACCCAAUACUUUACUAUUAUUACCGAUUUAUUCUCAGGAUUCACGCAUCGCAUCAGAAAAUUUAACAAUUAACGUAACGCUGUUUGUACUGGCGCAACAUGAAGUUAUUUCUCAAUUUCGAGACUGAAUAAUGACUAAUUUUUAUAUUUAUUAUUGCUUGUGUAGUUUAUAAUAUAUAGUAUUGAUUCGUUUAAAUCAAGGUUAAGGAUAUUUUUUAGUUUGUAUUUUAUAAACUAGCAAACCGUGCUUAGAAGAUACAUAUUGCAUUUGUCAAGUCCGCAGAACGCGUUCGUACAUGUAAGAUAUUAUUAUCAUACAAGCAGGUUUUAAAAAGAUGUUAAUUCCAAGCCAUUGAUUAUGCUCGAAAUAUAUUUCUGAAUAUAUAAUAUAUAAAAA